CAGCAGUAAUCUCAUUAGCAGAAUCAGCCCCGGCGCCUUUCAUGGCCUGACGGCUCUGAGGAGAUUGGAUCUUUCCAACAACAGAUUUGGCUGUUUCUCUGCUGAUAUGUUUCUUGAUCUCGGCCGUCUCUCCAAACUGAAUUUGUCUGGGAAUAUCUUUUCCACGCUGCCGGAGGGUUUGUUCACACAUGCCCCGUCUCUCAGAGCGCUGCACGUGGGCACAGACUAUCUGUUCUGUGAUUGUCAGCUGCGCUGGUUGUUGUCGUGGAUCAGAUCUCAGGCGGUGCGUGUGGGGAAUGAAUCCGUAUGCGUGUAUCCGGCUCGUCUUCAUGGACUGGAGCUGCGCAGUCUUCAGGAGCAGCAGUUCACCUGCGACGGCCCGCUGGAGCUCCCCGUCUUGCAGCUCAUCCCGACCCAGCGGCAGCUGGUGUUUCGCGGGGACCGUCUGCCGCUUCAGUGCACCGCCUCGUACCUCGACCCAUCUGUCAGACUGUCCUGGAGCCACGAGCAGCGUCCCGUCCACACGCUGGAGGACAGAGGGCUGUUCGUGGAGGACAGCAUCAUUCACGACUGCUGCCUCAUUACCAGCGAGCUCAUCCUGUCCAACAUCGAUGCCGGCGUUUCCGGAAAUUGGCAGUGUCACGUGACCAGUUCCCGUGGCAACAGCUCAAUCGGCAUGGAGAUUGUGGUGCUGGAGACGACGGCGCUGUACUGCGUGGCCGAGAGGGUCAGUAGCAACAAGGGCGACUUCAGGUGGCCGAAGACAUUGGCUGGUUUCAUGGCCUUCCUGCCGUGUGCCGUGUUCAGCUCUAGCUCCGCCCCUCAGGAGAAGAGGGUGUGGUCCCGCUCUGACUCCACCCCUCAGGAGAAAAGGGCAUGGCGCAGGUGUGACCGCAUGGGCCGCUGGGCGGAGCACGACUAUAACCAGUGCUCAUACGUGAGCCAGUUCACCCGCAGCCUGCAUGAGCUCACACAGAUGUCGGUGAACGUCUCCAGCGCUCUGGCAUUGGCGCAGCAGCUCUCGUCUCUCACCAGCAGGGCGGCGCUGUUUGGAGGCAUGAUGGAUGUGAUAUUUGUCACUCAUCUGGUAGAAAGACUCACACGCCUGGUGGAUCAUGUGAGAGAGGUGAGAAUCACAUCCCAUCACGCCUCAGUCGGACUAUUUUUGUGA